GCCCCAGCCCUGCCUGUGCCAUCUGUUGCCGGGAACCUCCUUCUCGCCUUCCCCACCCCCCCACGUGCUGACCACCUGCUCUAAGGGCUGUGGCAGCUGAGGCCUCCCCCACACACAGUGCCUCUUGGCUGGAGGCUCCCUCCCCUCGCUCCCGGCAACCUCGCCUUUACUAAUGGGCUCUAAUGUCCCUGCCAGCUGCUUUGCCAAACCCACAGGAUUGGCGUAGGGGGCGGCGGGGGCGCCGCAGCGUCCAGAACCACGCCCUGAUCCCAGCCCGGCGCCCCCGUUCCCAAAGCCGAACCGAUCGCGCACCAGGACGCCUUGGUCUGUUCACACCCCCUCCCCUUGCUUGCAAAAAGUGCCUCGUCACCGCUUCUGCCCGCCCCCGCCGGGCUGGGGAACCAUGGGGUUAGCGGGAAGAUUUGGGGGUGUGGGGCGGCAAGGCGCCUCCAGAAGCAACUCUUUCGGACGCGGAGCUGGAGGGGAUCUGAGGGCGGACCCCGGAGGCCUGAGCGGCACCUGCCCCCAGCCCCGUGUGGGGCCCCGGGGCCCCCAGAAACCUGCAGGACGGAUCCAGACGGGGCGGGCACCAUGAACAAGUUACGGCAGAGCCUGCGGCGGAGGAAGCCAGCCUACGUGCCUGAGGCGUCGCGCCCGCACCAGUGGCAGGCGGACGAGGACGCAGUGCGGAAGGGCACGUGCAGCUUCCCGGUCAGAUACCUGGGCCACGUGGAGGUGGAGGAGUCCCGGGGAAUGCACGUGUGUGAAGACGCGGUGAAGAAGCUGAAGGCGAUGGGCCGAAAGUCCGUGAAGUCUGUCCUGUGGGUGUCAGCCGAUGGGCUCCGAGUGGUGGAUGACAAAACCAAGGAUCUUCUGGUCGACCAGACCAUCGAAAAGGUCUCCUUUUGUGCUCCUGACCGCAACCUGGACAAGGCUUUCUCCUAUAUCUGCCGUGAUGGGACCACCCGCCGCUGGAUCUGCCACUGUUUUCUGGCACUCAAGGACUCCGGUGAGAGGCUGAGCCACGCUGUGGGCUGUGCUUUUGCCGCCUGCCUGGAGCGAAAACAGCGACGGGAGAAGGAAUGCGGGGUCACGGCCGCCUUCGAUGCCAGCCGCACCAGCUUCGCCCGCGAGGGCUCCUUCCGCCUGUCUGGGGGUGGGCGGCCUGCUGAGCGAGAGGCCCCGGACAAGAAGAAAGCAGAGGCAGCAGCUGCCCCCACUGUGGCUCCUGGCCCUGCCCAGCCUGGGCACGUGUCCCCAACACCAGCCACCACAUCCCCUGGUGAGAAGGGUGAGGCAGGCACCCCCGUGGCUGCAGGCACCACUGCGGCCGCCAUCCCCCGGCGCCAUGCCCCCCUGGAGCAGUUGGUUCGCCAGGGCUCCUUCCGUGGGUUCCCAGCACUCAGCCAGAAGAACUCACCUUUCAAACGGCAGCUGAGCCUACGGCUGAAUGAGCUGCCAUCCACGCUGCAGCGCCGCACUGACUUCCAGGUGAAGGGCACAGUGCCUGAGAUGGAGCCUCCUGGCGCCAGCGACAGUGACAGCAUCAACGCUCUGUGCACACAGAUCAGUUCAUCUUUUGCCAGUGCUGGAGCACCAGCACCAGGGCCACCACCUGCCACAACAGGGACUUCUGCCUGGGGUGAGCCCUCCGUGCCCCCUGCAGCUGCCUUCCAGCCCGGGCACAAGCGGACACCUUCAGAGGCUGAGCGAUGGCUGGAGGAGGUGUCACAGGUGGCCAAGGCCCAGCAGCAGCAGCAACAGCAGCAGCAACAGCAGCAGCAGCAGCAGCAGCAGCAGCAAACAGCGUCUGUGGCCCCGGUGCCCACCAUGCCUCCUGCCCUGCAGCCUUUCCCUGCCCCUGUGGGGCCCUUUGACGCGGCAUCUGCCCAAGUGGCCGUGUUCCUGCCACCCCCGCACAUGCAGCCCCCUUUUGUGCCCACCUACCCAGGUUUGGGCUACCCACCGAUGCCCCGGGUGCCUGUGGUGGGCAUCACACCCUCACAGAUGGUGGCCAACGCCUUCUGCUCAGCCGCCCAGCUCCAGCCUCAGCCCGCCACCCUGCUUGGGAAAGCUGGGGCCUUCCCACCCCCUGCCAUACCCAGUGCCCCUGGGAGCCAGGCCCGCCCUCGCCCCAAUGGGGCCCCCUGGCCCCCGGAGCCAGCGCCUGCCCCAGCUCCAGAGUUGGACCCCUUUGAGGCCCAGUGGGCGGCAUUAGAAGGCAAACCCACUGUGGAGAAACCCUCCAACCCCUUUUCUGGUGACCUGCAGAAGACAUUCGAGAUUGAACUGUAGCCCGAGCCGCCCCGCCCACUCCAUCAUCUCCAGGCGCCCCACGCCUGGGGGUGGAGGCACAACCUCUCCCCUAACCCUGCUCUCUGGGGCUGCGCCCCUCAGCACCCUCUCAACACCCCCCUCUCUCAACCACCCCAACAACCACUACAGAACCAACCAGGUUGGAACAGGAUGGAAUUCAGGGAUGGACCCAGCCUGGCUAAGGGAACCAUUUCACUGCCGGACUUAGGCUGGCGAUGCCCCCUUCCCCCACCCCAGACACAGGGGUUGGCCACAAUCCCACUGAAUGCCCUUGGUUCACGCUCCAUUUCCCAGUUUCUGUUGACCUCCCACCUUCCAGUGUUGGACAGGAUGGGGGGGGACACUUGCUUAGGGGCUCUCCUGGGCCCCACACCAGUGCCCACCCCAAAUCUGGUCGUCUCCUCCCCCCAUACACAGCACAAGCUAAGGGCUGCCCUCUGCCCACACGCUGCGUUCACUGCCAAUGCUGUAGUCACCCCCAUCGCCCUCCAGCUCUGGGGCCCAUGUGUUCCUUGGGCCAAGGUCUCAUGGGGGCUGGGGCCAAGUUGGGGGCCCAGGAGGCGGGGAGGGGGGAGGAGGAGAAGAUGCGCAGUUACCUCAUGUCUGUGCCCGCUGGGGAGGGGUCUGGGAAGAAAGGGAAGGGGUGCCUGGCGGGUACUUUUCUAUCUUUUAUUUCCAGAUUUUUUUUGUAUCUAAACUUGAAGAUUUGUAUUAUACAAGGACAGCCAAUAAAGGAAGAAUAUAAUGGUGCCCCUCGGGAAA